AUGCAGUCCUUGUGCCGCGAGGCCAACCUGGCCAUGUACAACGGCCAUGCCUGGAAGGGCACCGCGGCCAUCAACGACGCAUCAAUGCGGAGUGAGAUCAUCAGCUCCUUACUCCCUCGGAAGCAUCGGUCGUCUUCACUGAGUCUGUUGCUCUUCUGCUUUUGCGACGAAGACUUUUCUCAACGCUUGUCCGAGCAAGCCGGCCUGCACCGUGUUGCGGUUGGUAGCUGUGCCGAAGAUUCCAAGUGUCGUGAAGAAGGGGGACAGCGAAGGACCCGUGCCGGAUGCCGAGCCCGUGUGCCCGGAAAGGGCCGAGGGAAGAAUCGGGUUGCAAGAUGUGCAACUGCGCCAGGUUGCAUGCCAGCUCGAGCUUGA